AUGGAUGAGACUGGUAUCCUUGAGGGCCAAGGAUCUAAUGGGCUAGUGCUAGGCAUGUCUGAGACGAAGUCUGUCCGCAAGAAACAGCCUGGAUCAAGGGCAUGGGUAUCCAUCAUCGAAUGCAUCUCUGCCCUGGGCCAUGCCCUUGAUCCCCUCAUCAUAUAUAAGGGCAAGACAGUCCAGCAGCAGUGGUUUCCUCUAGACCUUGGCCCUUAUAAAGGAUGGCAGUUCACUGCAACAGAGAAUGGAUGGACUACAGACGACACUGCAGUUGAAUGGCUGCAGAAGGUCUUCAUCCCUCAGACUGUCUCCCAGGGCAAGGAGGGCAAGGAGGAGGCCAGACUGCUUGUUGUUGAUGGCCAUGGGAGUCACACAACGACGGAAUUUAUGUGGCUCUGCUAUAUUAAUAACAUCCACCUAUUGUUCUUGCCACCACACACCUCCCAUGUCCUCCAGCCACUUGACCAGUCAGUCUUCAGCCCUGUAAAGGCAGCCUAUAGGAAGGAGCUUGGAUACCUCAGUCAGUGGAAUGACUCUACUAUUGUAGGCAAGAGGAACUUUAUAGGCUGUUAUCAGAAGGCUCGUCUGGCAGGCCUGACAAUGCAGAACAUCAAGAGUGGAUGGAAAUGGACUGGACUAUGGCCUGUCUCUAUGGCGAAGCCUCUUAUGAGCUCAUUACUGCUCCCAUCAACACCAGGGCCAUUAGAUCAGGCCUGCAAAGGGCAGUCUGGAGGCAAGGAAGCUGAGGGAUGGGCAUCUGCGUCAUCUGCAGUGGUGUGGUCGACGCCAAGGAAGAUGAAGGAUCUGGCUGGCCAACUGAAGCUAUUCACAGAGCUGGAUAAUGACGCCAGUACUCAACGCCUCCUUUUCAUGAAGGUGAAAAAAGGGUUCAGUGAAAAGGCAUAUGAGCUGGCAACUGCCCAGCACAAGCUGGAGCUUCUGCAGGCCCAAGUGGCCAAUACUGCAGUGAGGAAAAGGAAGGCAGUCCAGCUGGAUCCUAACACUAAGUUUGCCACUAUCUCAGACGUGCAGAAGGCGCAGGUUGAGGCUGGUGAAAAAGAGGAUACUGCAGGUGAAUCCAGCGAGUCUGAUUUACCUAGUGAAGCUGAAGACUGUAUUGUAGUGGCAUCUAGAAGAGGGCAGUAA